ACUGGGACCACAGUGUAAAGACUGUUGAUGACUUGCUGUACCUUAGGCACUCUGCUAGACAGUUCUUCGCACUAUCAGGUUAUCUCACUUGAUCCUUGCAAUGUUCAGGAUGAGCACUGUUAAUCCCAUUACCCAGAUUGAGAAAACUGAAACCCAGAGAGUUUCAAUAUCCUACCCAGGUGAGAGUGCUCAUAAGACACGGCUGAAAGUGACUCUGAAGCCUGUGCUUGCCUUGCCACACUGCCCACAGUGUUUGGGCAAGGUGAAAAAACUGAGGCUCAGAUGGAAAUGACUGCAGGGAGUCUGAGGAGAGGAUGUGGGCUCCAUCUUCUGCCCCGUUGAGUCACCUGGAGUGGCCUGAGGCUCAACACCACUCCCUCUAGGAGGAAAGGGCUUGCUUGGCCCAAAGCGCCUAGCCUGGAGUGUCUAGUCCUGCACUUCGAGAAGAGGUGUAGGUCUAAGGAGAACCUCCACCUCCAGAAUUCAGGCAAUGGUGGCUAAGAUGGGAGGACAGUUACCCAUCCACUGACCCUGGCCCCUCACACUCUGAAGCCCUGGUCUUCCACAUGCCCUGACCCAGCAUACCUGUACUCUCCAACCCCCGAGGGUGGGCCUGAGCUGAGUUUGAGUCUGUGUGCUGCUUUACAGUGUUUGAAUAAUUCAAGCCCCAGAGGCCUGAGGUGUCAGUUUUCGUUGCUCUGUUGUCAUGGGCACAGGUGUCUCAACACCUGUGUAAUGCACAUGUGUAAUUAAGCUAAUGAAAGGACAGAGAGGGAGUGGUGCCGUCCUGUGCCUUGGACUCCUCUAGGCUGAUCAAGGGAAGUCCCUGGUCCCUGUUCUGCUGAGAGAGCAGCAGGCUCAUCCAGAGUCCAGGUGUGGGGAAUGGAAGAAGGAAGGAAGGAAGGAAGGGUGAAACAGAAGUAGUAGAAAGGGAUAGAGAGUGGAAAGAGGUGGACAGGGGAUAAUCAGAGUCAGGGAGGCAGAGAGACCAAGAAAAUUACAUAGGGAAGGACAAGGAAGCAGAGACAGAACAAAAGCAAAGUGGGUGGGGAGCAUAGGAAAGGGCAGGCAGAGGCCAGAAGAAGCAAGGCCCAGCAGAGAAGAAGAAGGACCAAGCGCUCAAGUCCAGGGGCAAGCACCAGUUGGAGGAUCAGAAGACUGGAGGGGCUGCAGGGUGCCUUAGAGGGUGGCUGGACCCGCCAGAGAUCUCAGCCUUACUUCUGACUUCUAGGUACGGUCCACACCAUCCUUGCCAGCUGGGCCUAAUUUUGCCUUAGGUCUGGCCAGAAGGCCUCACACCCAGAGACCUGCCCCACUUCCUACUGUGGCAAGGCCAUGGGGCUCCAGAGCCACCACCUCAGCCUGGGCCUUCUGUUGCUGUUUCUACUCCCUCCAGAGUGCCUGGGAGCUGAGGGCCGGUUGGCUCUCAAGCUGUUCCGUGACCUCUUCACCAACUACACAAGUGCCCUGAGACCUGUGGCAGACACAGACCAGACUCUGAAUGUGACCCUGGAGGUGACACUGUCCCAGAUCAUCGACAUGGUGCGUUGUGGUGGUGAUACAGCUGCGGAAUCUUAGCUGUCUCAGUGUCAAGAAAUGAAGGGGAUGAACGGAACCAGGUACUGACUCUGUACCUGUGGAUACGGCAGGAAUGGACAGAUGCCUACCUUCAAUGGGACCCCAAUGCCUAUGGUGGCCUGGAUGCCAUCCGCAUCCCCAGCAGUCUUGUGUGGCGGCCAGACAUCGUACUCUAUAACAAGGCGGAUGCGCAGCCUCCAGGCUCCGCCAGCACCAAUGUGGUCCUGCGCCACGAUGGCGCUGUGCGCUGGGACAGGCCGGCCAUCACGCGCAGCUCGUGCCGCGUGGACGUGGCGGCCUUCCCGUUCGAUGCCCAGCGCUGCGGCCUGACGUUCGGCUCCUGGACCCAUGGCGGGCACCAGCUGGAUGUGCGGCCGCACGGCGCCGCCGCCAGCCUGGCGGACUUCGUGGAGAACGUGGAGUGGCACGUGCUGGGCAUGCCGGCGCGACGGCGCGUGCUCACCUACGGCUGCUGCUCUGAGCCCUACCCCGAUGUCACCUUCACGCUGCUGCUGCGCCGCCGCGCCGCUGCCUAUGUGUGCAACCUGCUGCUGCCCUGCGUGCUCAUCUCGCUGCUCGCGCCGCUCGCCUUUCACCUGCCCGCCGACUCGGGCGAGAAGGUGUCGCUGGGCGUCACCGUGCUGCUGGCGCUGACCGUCUUCCAGCUGCUGCUGGCCGAGAGCAUGCCGCCGGCCGAGAGUGUGCCGCUCAUUGGGAAGUACUACAUGGCCACUAUGACCAUGGUCACAUUCUCAACAGCACUCACCAUCCUUAUCAUGAACCUUCAUUAUUGUGGUCCCAGUGCCCACCCAGUGCCAGCCUGGGCUAGGGCCCUCCUGCUGGGACACCUGGCACGGGGCCUGUGUGUGCGGGAAAGAGGGGAGCCCUGUGGGCAGUCCAGGCCACCUGAGUCAUCCCCUAGCCCUGAGCCUCCUGAGGGAGGGGCUGGCCACCCAGAGGGCCCUUGCCAUGAGCCACGGUGUCUGUGCCGCCAGGAAGCCCUGCUGCGCCAUGUAGCCACCAUUGCCAAUACCUUCCACAGCCACCGAGCUGCCCAGCGCUGCCAUGAAGACUGGAAGCGCCUGGCCCGUGUGAUGGACCGCUUCUUCCUGGGCAUCUUCUUCUCCAUGGCCCUGGUCAUGAGCCUCCUGGUGCUGGUGCAGGCCCUGUGAGGACUGGGACUAAGUCACAGGGAUCUGCUGCAGCCACAGCUCCUCCAGAAAGGGGCAGCCACGACCAAGUGGCUGCUGGUCUUUAGGCCAGCUAGUCUCUCCCCACUACUCCUAAGACCCUGGACACUUGACUUCACAAUCCACAAGGGAGCACUCAUUGUCUACACACCCUAACUAAAGGAAGUCCAGAGACCUAAUUCCAAAAAAAGAGGAACUCUACAAAGGCAUUGUCACAGAGUACAGCCUUGGAGGCACAGAAUUGUUGGUGCUGUGUAUUUGAGCUGUCCGUGGUGAGCAUGCUGGUUAUUUUGAUAAACAGAACUGCCACAUUUCCUGUCUUCCUUCCUAGGUGACUGCUUUGCAGGGCCUUGGCUCUUACCUUUCCCUGCCUAGGGGCGCAGGGAAAAGGAUUGGGGGUUCUCAGUCUAGUUUCCAGAUAGGAGGCCCUAUGGACAUUUGGCCCCAAAUUCCCAGUUCAAUAAAGUAAGCGUGUACCUA